UCAACAUUUUAUGCAUCUAAACUCAUUGUUAUUGUUUAUCCCUUUAAAAGCAUGGCGGCUUUGAGAAGGAUUUUGUGUCAAGUUGAACCAAAAUAUUUCGGAGGAAUUAUUAAUAAAAAUUAUUCAUCAGCUGUUGCUGCAAGCGUUAAGCAGGAUAUUAAAGAAUCCAAGUAUGAUAAAAAUGAAAAGCCGAUAUCACAAUUAUCAGAAUACAGAUUUGUUUUCCCUGAAUUCUUACCAAAAGCUCACUUUGAAUGCCGAAACAAGGUUUGUGAAGCUCUGGAAAGACAAGAUAUGUUGAGUAGGAGAAGUAAGAUUGACAUCCCUGAGUUUUAUGUUGGUUCUGUGCUAGCAGUUACUGCUACAGAUCCAUAUGCUCCUUCAAAAGAAACAAGAUUUGUUGGUAUAUGUAUUGCACGAACAUAUGGAGGACUUAACUCAUCGUUUGUCCUGAGAAAUGUUGUUGAUAAACAAGGAAUAGAAAUUAAAUAUGACAUGUAUAAUCCAUGCAUAUUAUCCAUUGACGUUUUGAAACUUGAGAAAAGGUUAGAUGAGGAGUUGUAUUACUUAAGAGAUGCGCCUCCUGAACAUAGUACUUUUCCAUUUGAUAUGGAACCUGUGUAUCUUCCAGAAGGAAUGCCUGUUCCAGUAAAUAAUAUAAAGGUUGAGCUGAAACCUCCUCCCUGGUGCAAGAAAUGGGAGCAGAAGAACAUGAAAGGAAUCGCCGACGGAGUCUUCGAGAAGUAUGUGCUGCCUUUCAGACUCACUCAUGCGAGGAAGCUCCAACAACCGUGGGAGGAGUAUGACCUCAUGAAGCAGUAUAGGCGUUGUAUCCCAGAAGAAGACCAGGUCGAGAUUUGGCAGGAUGUGGCAAAACAUAGGGCAAACUUUCCUGCCAAGAAACAGAUCUGGAAGAGAAAUUUGCUGAAAUCCACUCGUAAAUGAAUGUAGUUAUUUGUAUGAUUUUUCAAAAAUUAAAAGUUAGACUUUUUAAACUGA